CCGAGGCACAGAUACAUGCUCCCCAUUUGGGUUUCAUGGACUCCCAGCCCAGCUGCGUGGUGGUGACUGGUUUUGGGCCCUUCCGGCAGCAUCUGGUGAAUUCUAGCUGGGAAGCAGUGAAGGAGUUGUCCAAGCUGGGCCUGAACAGCGACGUGGAGGUGGAGCUGCGGAUUCUUCAGCUGCCUGUAGAUUACAGGGAGGUGAAGCAGAGGGUCACCAGAAUCUGGGAAGGUCUUCAACCACAAGUAAAUGAUGGCUGGGAAGGCAGUGAGGCUGGGGGCUGAGGUGGGGGAUGAUGACGUGGUGGAACCCUAGAACCUGUGGACCCCUGGACCCUGGUUCUAGGAUUGAUGGUCGAGGUGCACCCCGCCCCAUGUCCCACCAGUAAGGUCCCACCCAAUUUUCUAAGGUUCUGGGUCUGU